ACGCGCGAACCGUCGGAUCACGGAAGAAAACCCUAAAGAACACAUCGGCGUUCCGUCACGCGGGCGCUGCCGCUACCAACCAAACCAAACACGCCGGUCGGUCGAUCGCCGAUGGCCUCCUCGCUCCGCCAUUUCGCCGGCCCCAGCUGCUUCACCGCCACCGCCGCCGCGUCGUCCGGCGCCAGCGGCUUCCUGCGCCGCUACGCCCCCAAUUUCUGCGCCUUCGCGGCGCUCCGCCCGAUCAGGCCGGCCGCCGCCGCUGCCUUCUCCGCCGCGGCUGGCGCGGCAAAUCCCUGCGCCCCUCCGGCGGCCGAGCACGAGCAGCACCAGCUCCGCCACGAUAGCGAUCAACCGACCCCGUCGCCGGCGCCGGCGGCCCCCGCCCCCGCGGCGCUGCGGGUGGGGAUCGUGGGGUUCGGGAACUUCGGGCAGUUCAUCGCGGGCGGCAUCCAGCGGCAGGGCCAUGCCGUGCUGGCGGCCUCCAGAUCUGACUACUCCGCCUACUGCGCGGACCACGGGAUCCGCUUCUUUGGGAGCGUCGACGCGCUCUGCGAGGAGCGCCCGGACGUGCUGCUCAUCUGCAGCUCCAUCCUGUCCACGGAGAGCGUCGUCAGCGCCAUCCCGUUCCACAAGCUCCGCCCCGACACCAUCGUCGCCGACGUGCUCUCCGUCAAGCAGUUCCCCCGCAACCUCCUCCUCGAGAUUCUUCCACCGGGGUUUGGGAUAGUCUGCACGCACCCGAUGUUUGGGCCGGAGAGUGGUAAACAUGGCUGGGGCAAGCUACCUUUUGUUUACAACAAGGUCAGGGUCGCGGAAGGAGGAGAUCAAGCAACCAAGUGUGAUCAGUUCUUGAGCAUAUUUGAACAGGAGGGAUGUAGGAUGGUAGAGAUGUCAUGUGCGGAGCAUGAUCGCUACGCCGCGGGAAGUCAGUUCAUCACGCACACAAUUGGGAGAGUUUUGUCACAAUUGAAUCUGAAGUCAACCCCAAUAAAUACCAAAGGUUAUGAGAGCUUGCUACAACUUACACAUAACACCGUAAGUGAUAGUUUCGAUCUAUACUACGGGCUCUUCAUGUAUAAUGUUAAUGCCACGGAGCAGCUUGACAAUUUGGAGAGGGCAUUUGAGAAGGUGAGACAAAUGUUGUAUGGUCGGCUCCAUGAUUUACUACGAAAGCAAAUCGUGGAGAGGGUCCCUAUGCCGGUGGUUUCUUCAAGAAAAUUGGAAAAUGGCAGGUCUAAUUCUUUUGCGGGCCUCUCUUAUCGCCUCUAACUACAAAAGAGAAGAAACAUGUAUCCUCCGAUCCGUUGCUUUUGUAGCCUCUACUACUACACGUCAACCGGUCGCUUCCAUCCCAAGUCAAUGCUAAAUCCAUGCCUCUCCCUAUUGUUGUUUUGUUGUGAAAGUUGUAUGUGUGCAAUUAACAUAGUUGUUAGCAUCAGUGGGAGAGUAAGAUCAUUGCUACACUUUAGUUGUUAUGACUCCUGAUCUCUCCCCUUCCUUUCAGACCGCCUGCCUAAUGUAAUAAUACAAUUCAAGAGAUGUGAUUAGAAAUGUUCAUUGUAGAUUGAGAGGACACGAGGGAUGAGGCAGAAAGGAUAUCUUGUUUUAUAGAAAUAGUAUAUUAUUGUUAUAAAUAAUGAACAUGUUGCAGCCACUAUAGUUUGACAAAA